AUGUUCAGCAGACGGAUUAUUCAGAGGAACAAGACAGGAGCUCCAGCUGCCAGCACCCCUUUGUCCAGCAGGGGGCAGAAAAACACCAGCCUGUUGGACACUGUGCGUCAGAGGCUGUGGAUUGACUCUCCACCCAGACACCACCCGGACACAGGUCAAAGUGAGGCUGAAGCACAACCAGGAGUUAUAUCCCAACUCAAGAGAGCAGCGAUCACACCACGUCCCACCCCCUCCCACAGACCGUCUCACAAGGACAAUGCAGCGGAGCCGAUGAUGGAGUGGAUGCCUGUUGGUGAAUACAAUGCAGAAAACUACUAUUGUGGUUCUUCAGACGAUCUGCAGCCAUUUUCAGUUUUGAACUCACAGUCAGAGUCACAAAUGAUGUUGGCUGCACCGUCACUACUGGACGAUUACUACUCUAAUCUUCUGGACUGCAGUUGUCAUGGUGUGGUCGCUUUAGCUCUUGGAUCCUCUGUUUACCUUUGGAACUCAGAGACCUGUGCUGUAGUGGGGCGUCUGGCUCCAAACCGCUCAGCGGGACAGGCCAGUCCACACAGCCAGACAGUACUGUCUUUAUGCUGGAGCAGAGACGGCCGGAGGCUCUGCAUUGGGAACAGAAGAGGUGAUAUCGAGUUGUGGGAUGUGGAAUAUGGUUUGAGUAUGAAACAUGUGUCAUCUCAUCGGUCCGCGGUCAGAGCUCUUUCCUGGAAGCACAACUUACUCAGCAGUGGUUCAGACCUGGGACAUAUCCAUCAUUACGACACUCGGAUAGCGGCCCAGGUGGGAACUGUCACUCAGCAGGGAGCGGUGUGCAGUCUGCAGUGGUCUGACAACGACCAACUGGCCAGUGGGUCCACAGAGGGGCUGCUUCACAUUUGGGACAGCCACAUUAACUCACAAUUACAAAAACCUAUCACUACAAUGAGACAGCUCACUUCUGUAAAGGCAAUGCAUUGGUGUCCAUGGCAGAAAAACACAAUUGCCACUGGAGGGGGAUGGAAAGAUGGAGAAGUGAGGAUUUGGGACACUAAAUUUGGGACCUGUGUGACCUCUGUCCAGACAAACUCACAGAUCUGUUGUGUGAGAUGGUCAGAAGAGAAGAAAAGGCUGGUGACAGGGCAUGGUGUUCCCCAUCACCGCAUCUCAUCUUGGGUCUGGGAUAGUCCUGAUCUUAUCAUGACUCACCAGCUCUCAGGUCAUACAAAACGAGUCCUGCAUCUGGCCUUCAACAAAGAUGCUUCUCAGAUGUUCACAGCUGGAGCAGAUCAGUCAGUUCAAGUCUGGGAGAUGUAA